AUGGUGUUCUUCAUCACCGAUGAACGAAUGGACGAGCAUUUUUGCCCUUGGGACCAGGCACACAUCGAGGUGCCGCAGCGGCUGCAAGUUAUACGCCGUGCGCUUCAGGAUAGUGGUGCCCUAGAAGGCGUCGAAAAACUGAAGCCACGCUCGGCGACACGAGCCGAAAUCGGUUCCGUGCAUACCGCGGAAUAUUUUGAGACGAUUAAAGCUACACAGGGAUUGGACGAGGCCAGUUUGGAAGCCGAAUCCGCCAAAUUCGAGGAUAUCUAUGUGAAUGAGAAGACUUAUGAGCUGGCGCUUCUGUCGGCCGGUUCGGCGCUCGAGCUGACGAAAAAGGUGGUUGAGACGGGUGAACCAGGCUUUGCGGCCAUCCGCCCGCCGGGCCACCACGCGUUCCCGGACGCCGGCUGCGGGUUUUGCAUCUUUAACAACAUUGUGAUUUGCGCGAAGCAGGCCAAGAAAUGGGGUGCAAAACGAGUUUUCAUCCUCGACUGGGACGUGCACGCGGGCCAAGGGACGCAAGAGUGUAUCGAGGGCGAUCGAGACAUUUUCUUGCUCUCCAUCCACCGAUUUGAGCACGGCACAUUUUGGCCGAACCUCGAGCAGAGCGGCGUCGAACAUAAAUUUUCGAACACCGUCAACGUGCCCCUCAACGUUACCGGGCUUGGGGAUUCUGAAUUUUUGACGAUAAUGAGCGCCAUUGCCCUUCCGUUGAUUCAGGAGUUUCGGCCGGAUUUAAUUCUGGUUUCGUGUGGGUUUGAUGCAGCUUUUGGCGAUCCGGAAGGAGAAAUGAGGGUCUCUCCACUUGGCUACGGCUGCAUGACGAGAAUUUUAUUAUCAACCGGUGUUCCAACGGCGUUAAUUUUGGAGGGCGGUUAUUUUUUGGACUCUAUCGCUGCUGAUGCCGUUGAGGUUAUGCACGCAUUAAAGGGGGCAAAUCCAACGCUACCGAUAAAGGAGAUGAACGCUGGGUUCCUAAAGACGCUCUGGCGAGUCCUGGAAGUCUAUUCUGAUCGUUUCCCCGGGAUCAAGAAUGAGUUUGAAAUUUUAGAAAAGGUCUGCGGGAUCAAGGAAGUGUCAGAGGAAAAGCCGGAAUUCCGGGGGAAACGGGUCUGCACUUUCCCGUUUCAAACGAGAGGGAUGUACAAAGUCAGAACGGAUGCGGAGCUGCAGGGCUGGGUAGAUCGGUUGAAGACGUUGAUGGCCGAAACGCAGGCCGAAACCGAGAAAAAACGCCCGACAUUGUCUUUACAAUCUGGGGACUAUGAUGUGGACAUUGACAAAGAAGUGGUGCAGCUUCAAGUUCCGCAGGGUUUGAUGGCUAUCUUCAAUAACUUGGUCCACGUCCCUCUCCUCGGCUUUUCAAUGCCAAUCUCCAAUCUAUCCACCCUGCCAAGUGAUGCCGAAAAGGAAAAAGCCAUCGAGAUCCUGUCGGACAUUUCCGAUUCGACGCUCGGCAAGCAUUUGGCUUUCCCUCAACUCUCCACAAAAUUCCCCACCCACCGCAAAUGGCACAGCUCCAAAGCCAGCGCGUCCGGAGAGCCGCUCGAGUGUUACGCGAGUUCCCACUGCCGAGCCGCCAAGGCUUGGGCGGAAGAAAGUGCUCUCGCGAUCAGAGAACUCCAAGGAAAGCUGGCCGACCUGAACAUGGUCGUCGAGCGGAUGCACACCAAUUCUGAGCUGGGAGAUAUCGAGCUCGAGGCCAGGGAGGUCAGGGGCAAGGCGGAUCAGGUCUCAACCGCUGUAGAACAACUCUUUGCGGAUCGUCGUGGUCAUGAGGGUCGCAUCGAGCAGAUACUCGCCGAGCUGGAUGAGCAGCGACGGUUGAAUCAGGCCGUGAUCGCGUCGAUGGAUCCCACCGUACGAGAUCGUUACGAUGAACUGCAACGGCAGGCGGCGGCGUUGAGGGAUGAGAUGGAAUUGAAGGAAUCCGAGAUGAAAGACAUUGAAAACAAGCGUCUCUCCCUCGAGCAGGAACUUCAAAAUUCACCACUGAAGCAGAGAGCGAUCGAACUCCGUGAGCGUCUACUUGAACUCCGCGAAAAGGAGCGCGUCCUGAAAAGCGAGACUGAGGACCAGGAGUCCCCCGAAGACAAGAAAGCCAAGCUGUUGGCUCAAGUCAGGAAGAACAACGAGGAAGCCGGCUUGAUGCAGAAGCAGCUUGACCAAGUCCUCGAGCAGGUCGAAACGGCCCAGGAGGAGCUUCGCGAGUUUGACAAUGAAAUCGAUGUAUUAACUGGAGAACAAAAUGCACGGUACUUGGCGCUGAAACGUCAGGAGCAACAGAUGGGCGAGUUUUUGGGGACGUUCGAAGAGCAGAAGAGGCUCUCGAUGAUGGAGCUGGAAGAACUCUCCGAAGCCGUCGUCCAGAAUCUGAAGCGAAUCGCCACCAACAUUGCCAAAGUGAACAUGGGCGGGCAGGUGACCGGCAUGGACCCGGCGGGUGAACGGGGCGAAUUUGCGGCCACAUCAGCGAAGGAGUUGAAGGAAGUGCACAUCCGACUACAGGAGGAGAUGAUUACUCUAAAUGAAAUGGAGGAGGAUUUGAGGUCUGAAAUGGAAGCCAUGAACGGUCGAAUCGGCGAUUCGAACCGCCAAAUGGAGCAGUUUGCGGAUAGAAGGCAAUUGGAGCAGGACGUUCGGGAAUCGGCCGAGCAACUCGAAACCCGACAGCAAUACCUGGAGGCGCAACUUCCCGAAGUUGAGGGCCAUCAGGUGGAGAUGAGCGACAGGAAAGAGGCGUUGGAACGGCGCCUGGAUACGAUGCAGGAUUAUCAGAAGAUGCGAGAUGACACCGACGAAAAGGCAGACCAUGUGGAGGUUGAGGCGCUGAAGAAGUUGGCGUUUUUCGGCAUCGCCAUCAGCACCAUCGCUACCGUAACGGCUAUCGUGGCGGUGCCCCUUCUUUAUAACUAUAUGCAACAUGUCCAGUCGUCGCUGCAGGAUGAGAUUGAGUACUGUACGCAUAGAACGCAAGGGUUGUGGCACGAAUAUUCAAAGUUCGAGCUAGCCAAAGGGGUCCCAGGCCGGCUGAAGCGUGAGGUGCAUCCGCGGCAGAGAGCUCUAAAUCACAAACGACGGGCCACGGCAAGGGGUACGGGAACAUACGGUGGAUAUGGGGAUGCUGCUGUGGAAGCUCCACAAAUUUCUGAUGGGGCCCCCGGAAGAGAUGGACAACCCGGUCAUGAUGCCGCUCCGGAUGCGAUACCUUCGGCUGAUGAUUUCUGUUUCGAUUGUCCGGCCGGACCGCCGGGACCUCCAGGAAACAUGGGGCAACCCGGACCACCCGGAAUUCCGGGACAACCCGGAACAACACCACCACCAGCCUCUCCAGGGCCCCCAGGACCACCCGGGCCAGUCGGAGCUCCGGGGCUUGAUGGGGAGCCCGGCACUCCUGGCCAGCCCGGAGCCCCUGGGCAGCUCAUCGAAGUGCCCGGCACUCCUGGGCCCCCGGGUCCGGUUCUCCGGGUCAGCCCGGCCCACCAGGCACCAGCCGACCAGGUCCGCCAGGCCCGGCCGGAGAUCCUGGAGCCGACGGAUUGCCCGGAAAUCCGGGGCAGCCUGGUUCCCCGGGAGAAGCCGGCCUGCCUGGCCCCACCGGAACAUGCGACCACUGCCCGCCACCCAGAACUGCUCCAGGAUAUUAGACCUCAACUCGACACCCCCAUUGUCUUUCAU